CUCGCGUCGGAGGAAAAAGGAAAAGCGAAGGCGGAGGAGGAGGAAGGAGGAGGGAAGGUGUCUUUGCUCCUCUGCGGGUUCCCCUGGGGAGCAGCCUUCCCUCACCCCUCCUCCGCCAUGGCCUCGGAGGGGAAGAGGGAGCCCGCUAAGGAGGGCGGCAUCAAGUUAUCAGCAGAUGUCAAACCGUUUGUCCCAAAAUAUGCUGUGCUUAAUGUGGCAUGGUCAGAAUCCUCAGACGCAUGUGUCUUCCCUAACUUCGCAACUACAUGCUAUCCAUUUGUUCAGGAACUACCUGUGACUGAACAGAAGGUUUAUACCGAAGAUGUCUCUCUUGGAUCUUCUUCACCUUUCUCAUCUCAGUAUUCAUCUCCUGAUAUUGCUGUUGAUCACCAGUGCACCUCUUCUCAUUCAUCUGUGUCUACACAAAGUAUUUGUUCAGUACCUGGCUCACAGUAUGAUUAUAACCACCCUAAAUGUUAUAGUAAUGUGCGAAUAGUUAAAUCCAGAAAUGAACAAAUUUGUUCUCUCCCACAAGAAACUAAAAGCUUGUUUAAGAAAAGAACAUGUGAUGAGCAAAAAUUAAACAAUAAAGGGACUGAAGGAAAUUUAUCCUCUGUUAUAAAACCAGCUAAAGGUUCCCAUCAGAUUUCUACCCACACUGAAGGUGGUUCAAAAUCAGAGGCUUAUCAUAAACGUGCAGACAGGAAACCUAAACCCAGCCAAAAAAAUGUACCUUCUUCCACACCUGAAUUUGAAUUUAAGCUGUUGGAUUUUCCUAAACUGCAAGGCUCUCAGAACAGUGACAUAACAGAGGUACAGAAGCAACCCAAAUGGGGACCUUUGAGCUCCACUGCUAGUGAUAUAUCCCUCAUAACAGAAGUGCUGAAACCUAUGUUAUCAAAGGAAGAAUUAAUUGUGAAAGCUGGAACAGCUACAUCUGAGCCUGAGAAUGACACCAAUUCACCCUCAUCUACAAGAGAGCUAUCUUGGACACCAAUGGGUUAUGUUGUUCGGUCAACAACCACUGAAACACCAACCCUUAAAAAUGUUACUUCACUGGAAAAUACAAAGAAAAGUGGUUCAUCAGCAACCCCUAAGAAAGUUACUGCAUCAUUCUCAUCACCUGAAGUUCUAACUACCAAUGCUUACAACAGAGAAAAACAAAUAGCUCGGAAUCCUAAAAAGACAAAAACCAACAAUGUAUGUGAAAUUGACCAGGAAGAAAUGAGAAAGAACAAGAAAAAGAAAAAGAAGCCUAAAGCAAAUUACGAAACUCUUACGGUCCAGGAGCCUCCAAGGAUUGAGGAUAUUGAAGAGUUUCCUAAUCUGGCAGUUGCUUCUGAAAGAAAAAACAAAUUGGAGCCAUCAAAAUGUUUAUCUAAACACCAACCAGAGGAUUCUGAAGAACUUGUUAACCAUACACUGACUUCUGACAGAAGAAAUGGAUCGCAGUCAUCAAAAUUUCACUCCAAACAGCAACCAGAGACUACUACAAAAAAGUUUGGGAAGAAGAGUCAAAUUCCAGUGAAGUUGGAUUUGGGAGGAAUGCUGGCUGCAUUGGAAAAAAAGCAGCAUUCACAGAAUUCAAAACAGUCUUCCAAACCUAUUGUCGUUUCUGUUGGUGCAGUACCAGUACUUUCCAAAGAAUUAGCUACAUCAGUGAAAAAUCACCGGUUAAAUCAAGUGAUGGCUCCUCAUAAUCCAUUGGAUUCCAGUUCUCCAUUAAUAAAGAAAGGCAAGCAAAGGGAAGUCCCAAAGGCCAAAAAGCCAACAUCCCUAAAGAAGAUUAUUUUGAAAGAGCGAGAAGAGAGAAAACAGAAACAUCUCUUAGAACAGCUUUCAGUUCCAGCAUUUACUCAGAGGAUUGAGCAAGAUUUGGCGAAUAAUGUUAAUAAUAAAUCACCUGACCAGGUGGCCCAGCCAGAUUCUGAGAAAAUAGAAGCAACAGAAGAAUCAGUUCUUGAUUCUUCUACUGUUGAAGUGGAAAACACAUCUGAAGAACCCCUAGAUGAAAUCCGACAGGAUGUGGAAGUUUGCCCUGCUGUUACACAGCCAGUUUCUCCUUUUCCAAAGAUCCAUAGUAGGAGAUUCAGAGAUUACUGCAGUCAAAUGCUUAGUAAAGAAGUUGAUGAUUGUGUGAUGGAUCUUCUAAAAGAACUGGUUCGUUUUCAAGAUCGUAUGUAUCAGAAAGACCCAGUAAAGGCAAAGACCAAACGCCGGCUUGUGAUGGGACUCAGAGAAGUGCUCAAACAUCUGAAACUCAAAAAACUGAAAUGUGUUAUUAUUUCUCCAAACUGUGAAAAGAGCAAAUCAAAAGGUGGUUUGGAUGAGACAUUGCAUACCAUUAUCGAUUAUGCCUGUGAACAGAAUGUGCCAUUUGUGUUUGCUCUCAACCGAAAAGCUCUGGGGCGGAGUGUCAACAAAGUAGUACCAGUCAGUGUGGUGGGAAUUUUCAGCUAUGAUGGUGCACAGGAUCAAUUUCGCAAGAUGAUAGAGCUUACCAUGGAAGCCAGACAGGCAUACAAGGUUAUGUUAGCAACUUUAAAAGAAGGAGCUGAAGCGCUACAGACAGAGAAUCCUCUCCCCACCUCGCUUACUCCGCAGGGCCAGAGUUGCUCUUCGGAACUUAGUAAAACAACUGAUCCAACAAAAGAGGAAGAACCAAAUUACAUUAAAAUCUGGAAGAAAAAUCUUGAAGAGUAUAAUCCAUAUGCACUGGAACUAGAGCAGACUUCAACCACUGAAAUGCUGAACUUGAAUUUAUGAGAAAAGAAUAUUUGUUUUAGGAUGGGGGAGGUAGGGAAAAGAUGAUCAUUUUGUGUUCUCCCUCCCCUUUUCUUCUCAAUUCUUUAUGAACAUUUUAAAAUAUUUUGUAUGAAUAUUUAAUUUCAAAAUUAACUGAUGGUUUAAUACAAUAUUUGUUGAUAAGUGAUAUAAUCACCAAACUACUAAUACUUUACAAUGAACAGUAAGUUAACAGUUGCUAAUACUUUUUUCCAAAACGUUUUCAUAUAAAAUAGGCUUUAUUGAUUUAAGAAUUGUGGGGUAUGCUAUAGAUCUGAGAAAUACUAGAAAACAAAAGACUUAUUAAUUCUCAGCUGCUAAAAGCAGCUUGUUUUUUACUCUCCAAAGACAAAUUUAUAGAUGAGUAAAUGAAGAUAUUUAGUUCUCAGAGAACUGGCUAUUUUGUGAACAGCAUUAUGCUAAUCAUGAGAAUUUUUAGCAGGAAGAAAAAAAAGACCACCCCAAAUCUUAACUCUCUCUCUGCUCUGAAACUUCAUUUUAUCCCUGGCCUUUACUAGAAACCAGUGCAACUUAAGUAGACUUUUUCUCCCUCCAUUAUUGUUGUUGGUUUUUUAGUAGAGCAUAGUGUACUGCAUGUACUGAAGAGCUCAAGGAUGAAGACAAAUUACAGUAUUCCAUGGGGGUCCUGGGAAUUUACCAGUUUAAAUGUAAAAACUGUGGAAAAUGUUUAGAAAAGUUGCUGUGGAGAGCUUCAGAAGGAAUAAUGCUUUUUUAACCCACUGUCUUCUGUAAAUUUUACAUUUAAAUCUUUUUUUAAAAAAAAUCAAUAUAGUAUAGGGUAUAAAAGAAAUUUAAAUUAAAAUUUGAAAUUAGCUUGAUGAUUUCACCUGAAAAAAUUUUUAAGGGCCAAAGAGAAAGGAUAAAAAUUGGUUUCCUUUAGUCUUUAAGUUGGAAGAAGAACAUGCUGCUUUUUUCUUAAUUUGUCAUUCUGUCUGCAGAUUAUUUAACCUGAAUUUGGGAGGUGGGGGUGGGAAAAAUAACAUAAUCUCAGAGAAGAUAGAGUUUUUUCCUAUACUAAUGUUUUAAAGUGGGGAAUAAUUUUGGGUAACUUCUAAAAUAUCUUCCUAAAUAGGGCUGAUUUAGUUUGACUUGAAUUAGCUUUGCCAUGUAUGUUUUACCAAAUUAGGGGUAGUGUAAAAUUUUACUACAUACUCUGCAUAUCAAAUUAACAGCAUUUGUAGUUUUGAAAAUAUGUUUAGUUGAAACAGAUCAUGCCAUAGGGAAAUAGUUCACAUGAAAAGCUAAUUUUUUAAAAGAAAAAAUGAAGCUAAAAUGGGUUCUUCUUUGGGCACUACGUGUUCUGGGAUCAGCAAUUAUGUAUGGUGCUGUACUUUGUGCUCUAACCUUUAAAACAAGUUACUCCUGGAAUGUUGGGCAAUACUUAAAGAAAAAGCAAGUCCAUUUGCUGGUCAUAGGCGCCAUAGAUUGGCAUUAGAGCUUCUCUCUUUUUCUUUCUAUUUUGGCUGAUCACAUUAAAUAGAGAAGUUUCUUUCAUUUUUUCCUGUCUCUUACCAUUGUGGCAGAAUAAGUCUUACUGGCCUAAAGUAAAUAAAUAUAGAAGAUAAUGAAAUACUAGAUGGUAAACAUAAUUUGUUUUAAUAUAAGGAAAUUUUAAUAUCUAAUAAUCAUCUCCCAAAUAAUCAUAGAAUGUUUGGCAUACAUACCUUCAGCCACUUUAUACCUUGAAACCCAAUACUUAAAACAUCUUUACUGUUCCCUAGUAACAAGCUGCAGCUAUUAACUCCCAUUUUUUUUAGUUUCUAGGCCACAUAUUAUUAAUUACUAUUGUAGUACUUUUUUUAAACCUCAAACUUAGAAGCAAUAGAUUUUAACGUUUCUAAGAUUCAACACACUUUCCCACUUCUACAAAACUCCAUUCAGAUAGGGUUGUUCCUUUUGGUUUCAUGGCAGUGUUGGGAAAAAUAGUUGAGGAAUGGACUAGGAUUUUGCUAGGAAUCAACGUAAAAUAAUUUACCAUGUACGUGGUGUUACUCUUAAGAUAUAUGAUGGGUGCAGCUUUCUACACAAAGUACAUUCAUGUAACAAAAGGUGAUGUUUUUUUUUUUACUCUUAAUAGUGCAGCAUGCCAAAAGAUCAUCUUUACAAAUGAAACUUCAGAGCAGAGACAUCCAUACACACACACACACACACACACACACUCAAUUCAAUGAGCUAAAUUCUGGUUUUCAGUUCUAUCAAGGUGAAUUUUAUAGUUAAAAGAAAAAGCCUGAUUCCUCACAGAAAACCACUAAUUCCUUUGUCAUAUUCUAGAUAUCAUGCUCCAUACCCAUAGUAAAAAUUACAGAAACCACUGAACAACCUUUAUAAAUCUUUUGACAGAAUGCCAGAAAGGGCCACAACAUGAGCCUCUUAAAUAGGUCCUUCUGGAGUAAACAAGUCAUUAAAUCUUGAUUAAGUCAAGGCUGGUACUAUGAAGAUCAGAGCACAGUGACACACUCUGGGGCACAUACUACAGAUGGCUAACCUAGAGUUAAAUCAUGGUUUACUUUGGAUAAAAAUACUUAAUCCUGUUAUGUAAGGUGAUAUGUUCUGGUACAGUUCUCUGUUCAUUAUUGGACAUGCUAAAGGUCUUAGUGAACUAAAGCUAAUAACAGAAAACAAGGUUAUGCCAGUUCUGUUAAAAAGUGCUUUUGAAGCUCAUUGUUCUGAAUUUAUACAAAACUAAAGCAAAACAGAACAGAAAUAUCAAGAACCACAAUUAAGCAUUAGUUUUGAGUAUUUGAAUUACAUGGUGAAAAUACCGUUGAUUUAACACAAACACAGAUUCUGUACUAGACUUGUUUAAAACGUCCUAAUACCAAACAAAAAAUGGGCCAUUUAAGAUUAAAUUGGUAUCCUAAUACAAUAUAUAAAAUAUAAGAAUAAAAAUCUUGUCACUUUUUAACUUUUCAAGGUAUAUGCACAGGCUAUAUCCAUAAAUGAUUCACCAAAAAUUGAAAUAUAAAAAUACAUGAACUGUCACAAGACUGCUAUGAAAACCAGUAAAAGAUUUCCAUGUUUAAAAAUAGUACUACAGAGAGCAUAAACUUUAUGAAGGCAUAAACCCCCAUCUAUUACAAAAUAGUAUAAAAAUAGACCAAAGGUGACUCAGUUAUUCAUGAUAAUGGGAACAAGAAUACCUUAAGUGAAUAAAUCAGAAUCCCCUUCCUCCAUUCAUCCACUAACCUCGACCAGACAUUUGUUUCACCAGAAACACUGAUUAUAUAGAUUUUUACCUUUUCCAACUCCAAGAGAAUUGUAUGAGCAGUCAGAAUGGAAGUUAGAAAAGCAGCAGCAAGCCCUGGAGAAUGAACCACAAGCCUGAUCGUCAAAAAUGGGCUAUCAUAACAUCUUAUUCUUUGGGGUCAUUACCUUUUUUCCCUUGCCCUCGUUCAUUUGUUCAGAAAUAAUAAUAAACAGGUCUAGAGUGCUUUUAA